AUGUCAUUUCCGCACAUCCGCCGGACGAAAUCCAUGGAUCUGACUCGGCGUCGGCGUCUUCGAAACCCCUGCCUUGUCCAGCGAAGCAAAUCCUUUCAGAAAACCAGUGCCCAGCUAAGCCUUGAAAAUGUGUUACAGGGAACCAAUACCGUCGGAGUCUCGGCCCAGGCCAGAGGUGCCUUGGAGCCCAGCGUAAAGCCGCGUGAUGCAAAACCACGUCUUCUACUAAUGGGACUACGCCGAUCUGGCAAGUCUUCCAUCGCCAGCGUUGUCUUCCACAAGAUGCCCCCCAAUGAAACCCUCUUCCUCGAAUCCACUACCCGCAUUCAAAAGGAUUCUAUACACUCUUUCAUGGACUUCCAGGUCUGGGAUUUCCCUGGUCAGCUCGAAUUCCUUGAGCCAUCCUUUGACCUUGAAGACAUAUUUGGUAGCCUGGGCGCCCUAGUGUGGGUUAUAGAUGCCCAAGAUGAUUACCUAGACUCUGUCGCCCGUCUGAAUCGCACCAUUCUCACUGUCCAGCAAUACUAUCCUGGUAUAAACAUUGAAGUCUUCAUUCACAAAGUCGACGGGCUCUCGGACGAGUACCGCACCGAUACAUUCCAGGACAUCGUGCAGCGCAUCUCGGACGAGCUCAGCGACGCUGGGUAUGAGAAUGCACCAGUGCACUACUACCUCACCUCCAUCUACGACUACUCCGUUUUUGAGGCCUUCAGCAAGGUCAUUCAAAAGCUCAUCCCUAACCUCUCCACCCUCGAAAAUCUGAUCAACACUCUGGCAAACAACUGUGGCUUCGAAAAGACGUACCUCUUCGAUGUACUGAGUAAGAUCUACAUUGCUUCUGACACUCGUCCGGUCGAUAUGGCCUGCUACGAGAUGUGUUCAGACUACAUCGAUGUAAUCGUCGACGUCUCCGAGUUGUACUCAUGGGAUCACCCUGAUCGUAAGGCAAAGGGCGAUCAGAUGCAGGAGGCAGAGAGCUCCGUCGUACUGCACGAUGAGACCAUGAUUCAUCUUAUGGAGAUGAAUAAAUACCUCUGCCUUGUUUCCGUCAUUCGGAACCCCGAGGCCCGCGAGAAGCGCGGCCUCAUCGACAUGAACUGCCGCACCUUCCAGGAGGCGUUGAACGACGUGUUCUCUCGGAGCUGGGAGCGCGAGGAAGAGGAGGCGACUGGUUGA